UGCGCACUGGCUGCGCGGAGGCAGUGCUGCUUGUUGGGCCGGCGCCGCGGUCCCCGGAGCCAUGGGGUGCGAUGCGGCCGCGGCGCCGGGGACCGGGUAGCGCCGACGAGCCGCUGCGGGGCAGCGGAGUCCGCGGACGGAGCCGGGCGAGGGGACGGCCCCGCAGGCGCCCGCGGCCGCGAACGGGAUCCGCGUUCUGACCGAAGCCCUGGUUCAUCGACCAUGGAGAUGGAGCCGGAGAAGGUCAGCGCGCGCCGGGGGCUGAGUGCGGACACGGCCUCCUACCGCUGUGCCGCCUGCCACGGGGACGAGGACCCGGCGCUGGGCCACCCCAUCCCCAUCCGGGGCCGCGCCAAGUCCCGCAGCCUGUCGGCCGCGCCCGCCCUGGCGAGCACCAAGGAGUUCAGGAGGACCCGCUCCCUGCACGGGCCGUGCCCCGUGACCACCUUCGGACCAAAGGCCUGUGUGCUGCAGAACCCCCAGACCAUCAUGCACAUCCAGGACCCCGCCCGGCAGCGGCUGACGUGGAACAAGUCCCCCAAGAGCGUCCUUGUCAUCAAGAAGGUCCGGGACGCCAGCCUGCUGCAGCCCUUCAAGGAGCUUUGCGCGUACCUGAUGGAGGAGAACAACAUGAUCGUGUACGUGGAGAAGAAGGUUCUGGAAGACCCUGCCAUCUCGGGGGACGACAGCUUCGGGCCCGUGAAGAGGAAGUUCUGCACCUUCCGGGAAGACUACGACGACAUCUCCAACCAGAUCGACUUCAUCAUCUGCCUGGGCGGCGACGGCACGCUGCUCUACGCCUCCUCGCUCUUCCAGGGCAGCGUGCCCCCCGUCAUGGCAUUCCACCUCGGCUCACUGGGCUUCCUGACGCCCUUCAACUUCGAGAACUUUCAGACCCAAGUGACUCAGGUGAUACAGGGGAACGCAGCUAUUAUUCUCCGGAGCCGGCUGAAGGUCAAGGUCGUGAAGGAGCUCAGAGGGAAGAAGAUGGCCCUCCCUAACGGGGUCACUGAGAAUGGGGUGCUGGCCUCGGACUGGGACACGGAGGCCGGGAAGCAGGUCAUGCAGUACCAGGUCCUGAACGAAGUGGUGAUUGACCGAGGCCCCUCCUCCUACCUGUCCAACGUGGACGUCUACCUGGACGGGCACCUCAUCACCACGGUGCAGGGCGACGGCGUGAUCGUCUCCACCCCGACGGGCAGCACGGCGUACGCGGUGGCGGCCGGAGCCUCCAUGAUCCACCCCAACGUGCCGGCCAUCAUGAUCACGCCCAUCUGUCCCCACUCGCUGUCAUUCCGGCCCAUCGUGGUCCCCGCAGGAGUCGAGCUCAAGAUCAUGCUGUCCCCAGAAGCGAGGAACACCGUGUGGGUGUCCUUUGACGGACGGAAGAGGCAGGAGAUUCGCCAUGGAGACAGCAUCAGCAUCACUACCUCGUGCUACCCGCUGCCCUCCAUCUGCGUGCGGGACCCCGUGAGCGACUGGUUCGAGAGCCUGGCCCAGUGUCUGCACUGGAACGUGCGCAAGCGACAGGCCCACUUCACGGACGAGGAGGGCGAGGAGGGCGAGGAGGAGGGCUAGCCUCCCGCUGCGUCAGGUGCCAUGUCAUCCUGUCUGUGGCCGAGCAGGCGCCCAGCACCUGCCUCUGUCAGCAGACCAGCCGUUUCUCACAUUGCAAGUCUCACCUUUUUGCAUUUCUAUAGAAGCCAAGCGAGCGACAGCAGGCCGUCCCACAAGCUGCACGGGCUCUCGUCCCGUCAGGGAGCGUGGGUCAGCCUGUCCCAGUGAGGGGUCAGAACGCAGGCCUCCCUGUGGUGUGGAAAUACACGUCUCACAGCCCGUCCUCCUUCCCCCCACAUUCCCCUCACCCUGCACCUCCCCGGCCUCGGGGCCGUGUGAAGAGCACUUGGGAGGUGGGCACAGGCUGGGGCGGGGGUCCCACCUCCUCCCCGGCUUCGGUGUGACGGGGCCACAGCGAGUGUCACCCGGGAGCCUGGUGGCGGCCAGGGGGCCUCGGCCCACCCCGCAGGCAGUCUGACUCAGGCUGGUCCACAAGGCCCCGGCGAGAGGGCUCGCCCUAUGUUCUCUGUGAUGUAUGUGGGACCCCUGUCGAGGUCUCCACGCAGGGGACUCUUUAGAAGAUUGGGACAAGCGAGUGAGCGGAGGGGAGUGCUGAUGCUUCAUGCGGGUCCUGGGGUACAAGGACACCCCAUCAUUCCAGCAUCGCCCGCCUCGGCCCGCUGGCUGGGCGUGUUGGCCGUGCGGGACCCAGACCUGUGGAGUCCCAGGUUGGACCCGAGGCUGGGUUUGCGUGUGGCCUUGGCCCCUCCCUCAGCAGACGCCCUCGGGGAGUCCGUUGUGAGGAACGGGGUUCUCUGAGGGGUUUCUAUCUGCUCCCCUCGGAGAAGGGAAGGGCUCAGCACCCCUGGGCCUCUCGCCAGGGCCAUGGUGGGCAGCGACCUCCCACUGCAGGGACGCACACCCCAGUCUGUGCUAAUGAGGCGCCCAGAGCCACACGUGGCCACCUCAGCCGGGCCUCUGCCCUCAGUGCCUGUGUGGACGUGUGUUGACCGAGUGCUGUGCCCACUCUUGUCCCUGCUGCGGCUCCUCAGCAUCUGGACUCAGUGGUGCUGGCACUCGGCCUGGUGUCGCACACAGAGGAGGGCUCUCACUGCCACCUGCCCACCCACGGGGGCUGGUCUGCGGUCACUGUGUAGAUGGAACGCCAGCGCUGCCCCCGCCCUGAGGCAGCAUGAUGGGAUGGUCUAGAAAGCUAUGGGUUUUUGAAGUAAAUUCUUAAUGUUUCAUAUUGUUAAUAUCCUGAAAAUUUAUUAAAUGUUGUUGAAAGCCUUAUUACUAUUUUCAGAUCCUUUCAAUAAACAGACUUCUUUAAA